CGCACCGCCGCGACCGCCCGGGAGGGCACGGAGAGCCGCGGGCUGCGGUGCGAAGGGGCCGGGGACGCGGGCUCCGCCGUCCCGUGGCUGCGGAGGGGCCGCUCCCCGAGUCCGGCGCUACAUGCGGGCUGUGCUCUGCUCUGCUUCCCAGGGACGGCCGCGCGGAGCCAGCGAGUCCUGAGCCGAGCCCCCCGGCUGGGAAGGAGCCGACAUGGACCUCUCGCCGCUUCCCGGCGCGCGUGUUUUUGUUUGUCAGGACGUGGGGCUUCUGCUGGUGCUGCUGGAGGUCGUGCUGUUAGCUGGCAGAGUCGAUGCCGGUGGAAAGAGUUACACAGGACCAUGUGGAGGAAGAGACUGCAGUGGAGGAUGUCAGUGUUUCCCUGAAAAAGGAGCCCGUGGCCAGCCAGGACAGCUUGGAUCACAGGGGCUCCCUGGACCACCGGGAUUGAUGGGAAUCCCAGGACUGCAAGGUCCUAAAGGUCACAAAGGUGAAAGAGGACAUCCAGGAAUAAGUGGACCCAAAGGAGAAAUGGGGCUAAGAGGAGUCACUGGUUUCCCAGGGGCAGAUGGCAUUCCUGGUCAUCCAGGGCAGCCAGGAUCAAGGGGGAAGCCAGGUCAUGAUGGCUGUAAUGGGACAGUAGGUGACCCAGGUGACCCAGGAACACCAGGACACUCUGGUUUCCCUGGUACCAUUGGAGUUCAAGGACCAAAGGGCCAGAAAGGGGAGCCCUAUGUGCUACCGCCGGACAUCGCCAGCCGACAUCGGGGGGAAACUGGGGAUCCAGGAUUCGCUGGUUUUCCAGGAGCUCCAGGUACACUGGGUAUUCAAGGACCUAUUGGUCCAAGAGGAACACCAGGAAGACCUGGACCACCAGGGCCCCCAGGACCGCAAGGACCACAAGGCAACAGAGGUCUUGGCUUUUAUGGAGAAAAAGGUGAACAGGGCGCCCCAGGUCCUCCAGGUCCACCUGGGCUUCCCACAAGAGAACUGAUUGGUGUCCCCACUGACAAACACAAAGGUGAAAGAGGAGAGCCUGGACAAAAAGGGGAAGCUGGAUUUCCAGGUGUACUUCUCUUCACUCCUGAAAAAGGUGAAGAAGGGGUAAUGGGCUUCCCAGGACAAAGGGGACUGCCUGGUAACGAUGGUUUUCCAGGACUUAGUGGAGAAAGAGGUUUUCCAGGAUUGGAUGGUCAACCAGGUCAAUAUGGUCCUAGAGGAGGCAAGGGGGAGCAGGGUGAGAUGGGUCCUCCAGGACCACCUGCCUAUGUUCCUUACCGCAUUCCAAGAAAAGGUGUAAGAGGUGAUCCAGGCUUUCCAGGUGCUUCUGGACUCCAGGGAGAACCAGGAGAGCAGGGUGAUCGUGGGCUGCCUGGUAUUCCAGGAUUCUCUGAUGGAGAUGCAGAUAAGCCAGGCUUACCUGGAGAGAUAGGACCAAAAGGUGAAAAAGGCGAAGAAGGAUCUCCUGCUUAUCAAGCAGGCCCACCUGGGUUUCCAGGUAAACAUGGCGAACCAGGACUCCGUGGUCCACCUGGUCCCCCUGGAACUCCAGGUUCUCUCUUUGGAUUAAAAGGACAGGAAGGGACACCAGGUAGACCUGGUGCACAAGGUUUUCCUGGGCCAAGAGGACAAAGAGGACCUAAAGGCGAAGAAGGUGACUGCAGUACAUGCCUUUUGAGUGAUGAACUCAGAAGGGGCUCUACUGGCCCCCGUGGCCCUCCUGGUUUUCCAGGAACCCCUGGCCAGCCUGGGAGAAAAGGAGAACCUGGUGAUCAAGGUCCACAUGGUAUUCCUGGCUACGCUGGAGCAAAAGGACAAUCGGGCCAAGAAGGAUUUCCUGGACCAAAAGGAGAAAAGGGAGAUUCUAUAUACAUAACUACUAAAGGCACCAAAGGAAUCCGAGGAGAUCCUGGACUUCCUGGUAUCAGAGGGGAAGAUGGUUUCCCAGGCAGAGAUGGAUUAGAUGGUUUACCAGGACUGCCUGGCCUUCCGGGUGAUGGUAUCAGAGGUCUCCCUGGGGAUCCUGGUUACCCAGGAGAAUUAGGCCCAAAGGGCUUCCCAGGAGAAACAGGCCUGCCAGGUGGAGGAUUUCCUGGCCCAAAAGGGUACCGUGGUCCUCCAGGUGAUGAUGGAACAGACGGAAGCCCUGGGGUUCCAGGUCUGCCUGGUCCACCAGGAGAGCCUGGCCAAAUAGACUGUGGGCAGGUGAUUGAAGAUUUUCCUAGAGGAGAUGCAACUGAUCCAAUAUGGUCAGGUGGAGGCUGUGUGAGGCCACCAAAGGGAUCUCAAGGCAAGCCAGGGCUGCCAGGAGCCACAGGUACUAAAGGUGCAAGAGGAUUCCCGGGUGAUCCAGGCCCAGUGGGAUUCCCAGGGCUAAAUGGUACACGAGGUGAUCCGGGUCGGGAAGGAUACCCAGGUCCUCCAGGCUUUACUGGGCCCCGAGGAGACAGCGGCCCAAAUGGCUUACCUGGACUACAGGGACAUCCAGGUCUUAUGGGAAAGUCUGGUGCUCCAGGACUGGACGGACAGAAGGGUGCUCCUGGUGAUGUUUUGAGAGCAGCAGCAGGUCCUCGGGGGGAUGCUGGGCUGCCUGGCUUCCCUGGCUUGAAAGGUGCACCAGGAGAUCAAGGAAUACCAGGAAUUAGAGGAGCGGAUGGUAACCCAGGAUUGCCAGGCCCCAAAGGUGAUCCAGGGCUGCAAGGUCUCCCUGGUUUGAUGGGUUUACCAGGAACACCAGGAACUCAUGGAUUCCCAGGGCCACCAGGAAACCCCGGCCCUGAUGGUGGACCUGGCUCUCAAGGACCCCUUGGUCCACCAGGUGCAAGGGGAGAAGAUGGUGAGCAAGGCUUUCCUGGUCUGGUGGGCAUAAAAGGUCAGUCUGGUGACAAAGGUGAAACAGGUUUCCCAGGAUUACAAGGUAUCCCUGGCGUGACUGGUCCCCCUGGCAUUAGUGGAAUGGAUGGAUUUCCAGGAGACAAAGGCUCAAGAGGUUCACCUGGCAUUGAUGGUUUCAAAGGCAUGCCAGGCCUGAAAGGAAGACCAGGAAUCAAAGGAAUCAAAGGAGAAUUUGGCUUAUUUGGAGCUCGGGGUGAUAAAGGCGCGCAGGGUGCUCGAGGCUUUAAAGGUGACCGUGGAGAACAAGGUCCCCCAGGAGAGCCCCCAAAGCCAAAGCCUAGCAUGAUGAUGAAAGUUAAAGGUGAAAAAGGAGAUGCUGGAGAAACUGGCACCAAGGGAUUCUUUGGCAUAAAAGGUAGCAAGGGAAUGCCAGGCCUUCCUGGUAAGACAGGAAUUCCUGGGUCCCCAGGGCACCCCAGUUAUGUGCCUGGUGUGAAGGGGGACAUCGGUGCAAAAGGGCUGACGGGUCUGAAAGGGUAUCCUGGUCCAACUGGCUCUCCAGGCAUCAGAGGCUUCCCUGGCAGCACAGGAGGCAGGGGAGAUAAGGGUGCCCCAGGAAGUUCGGGUCAUUUUGGUUCUCCUGGUUCCCAUGGUGAAAUUGGUGAGCCGGGCGAUACUAUAAACUUACCAGGAAUGCCAGGCCUUAAAGGGGAAGUUGGUGUGCCGGGUCUUACAGGCUUAAGAGGAGGCCCUGGACAAAAAGGCGAAGGAGGUGAUCCUGGUUUACCUGGCAUUGAAGGCCUCAAGGGCAUACAGGGUGUACCUGGCUCCUUGGGACAGCAAGGUUUGCCAGGACUGGUCGGCCCUCCAGGGCAGCAAGGAAGCCCUGGAACACCUGGAUUCCAAGGAGAAAAAGGAACUCCUGGCUGGCCUGGCUUACCAGGACAAGCAGGCUUACCUGGCUCAAGAGGAAUCAGUGGACUGCAUGGUUUACCAGGCACUAAGGGCUUACCAGGAUCACCAGGUCCAGAUGGCUAUGGCUCUGCAGGCUUCCCAGGUCCUGUGGGUGACAAAGGAGAAGCAGGAGAGCCGAGCAGAGUGGAGGGCAGCCAAGGCCCGCCGGGUCAGAAGGGAGACAGAGGUGUUCCAGGAAUCCAAGGACCCUUUGGCAUUCCUGGGCAGGAUGGACUUCCAGGCCCUCCUGGGAUUUCCAAUAUAUCAGGAUAUCCUGGUGAUAUAGGUUCACCAGGUCUAGAUGGAGUGCCAGGCUAUCCAGGACUACAUGGGCAGCCUGGAAUACCAGCUCCACCGGGAAGCAAGGGAGAAAGUGGACGAGCAGGCGUGAGCGGACAAGCUGGUCCCAAAGGGACAAGAGGUGAUCCUGGACUACAAGGGAGACCUGGGAUUCCCGGUUAUCCUGGACCAAAAGGUCGUAAGGGUGAACAAGGUGUCAUUGGCUUUAUUGGCACAGUAGGAUUUCCAGGUGAUCUGGGACCCAUCGGACCCAAGGGGGAUAGAGGACUUACUGGCUUUCAGGGCCCUCCAGGUUCUCCUGGGUUGCCGCCUCUUCCUCCAAGGCUGGUUGCUGAGCAAGGUUCACCAGGUCCCCGUGGAAGUACAGGACCUCAGGGAAGUCCAGGUGAUACAGGACCUCAAGGUCCACCAGGAGAACCAGGUUUCAGAGGCUUACCUGGAGAACCAGGACUCCAGGGCAGAGGUGGCAUUCCAGCUCCUCCUGGAUCCAGAGGUGAACAAGGAGCAAUGGGGUUUCAAGGUCCAGUGGGAUUUGAAGGCCAGCCAGGUCGCCCCGGUAGCCCCGGGCUGCCAGGCAUGCCGGGUCGCAGCGUUAGCAUCGGCUACCUGCUGGUGAAGCACAGCCAGUCUGACCAAGAGCCAAUGUGCCCAAUUGGCAUGAACAAACUCUGGAGUGGCUACAGCCUCCUGUACUUCGAGGGACAAGAGAAAGCACACAACCAGGACCUAGGGCUGGCUGGCUCCUGCUUGGCUCGUUUCAGUACAAUGCCAUUCCUCUACUGUAACCCUGGGGAUAUUUGUUAUUAUGCAAAUCGAAAUGACAAAUCCUACUGGCUCUCAACUACAGCACCUCUUCCAAUGAUGCCUGUGGCAGAAGAAGAAAUUAGGCCAUAUAUCAGCCGCUGCUCUGUGUGUGAGGCCCCAGCUGUGGCAAUUGCUGUCCAUAGCCAAGAAGCUUCUAUUCCUCGCUGCCCCGAAGGCUGGCGCAGUUUGUGGAUUGGAUAUUCCUUCCUUAUGCACACUGCAGCCGGUGAUGAAGGUGGAGGACAGUCGCUGGUCUCUCCUGGGAGCUGCCUGGAAGAUUUCAGGGCUACUCCUUUCAUCGAGUGCAAUGGGGCACGUGGAACCUGUCAUUACUUUGCCAAUAAGUACAGCUUCUGGCUCACUACGAUUGACCAGCCCUUCCAAAGCAAGCCCUCGGCAGAUACACUCAAGGCAGGACUCAUCCGAAGCCAUAUCAGCAGAUGUCAAGUCUGUAUGAAAAAUUUAUAGAAGCCUUUCAUAGUGUAAGGAACCUGCUUACCAUCUAGUACUUGUACAGUGAAACUUUCUAGGAUGUUUAGACAUUUGAAUAAAUCAUGUUGGUGCUUUUUUAACUUAUUACCUCAAAAGCGGAACGGAAAGAUGAUGUUUAAGUGUAUAAAAGCAAAACAAGCGUAACACAAAUUAACACACAGACCUAGUGCUGUGUUCUGCUAUACAGUGCAUAUAUAUGUUUUUGCUAGUCUAACAGAUGUUGCAAAUACUCACGCCUUUGAAGCACAAAAAACUUCAGAAAUAAAAGCUUACCGUGGUCAGAUACCCACUGCAUUUACUUUGAUAUAUACAUCUCUUCUAUUAUGGUAUUUGUCACGACGCUAAACACUAACAGCUACAAUUCAAACCAUUAACACAUCGUGAUCAUGCUGAGUGUUAAAGCCUUGCAAAAUUUUGACACUGUACAGUGGAAGGUGCUUACAUCCACCGUUAAAAUCCAUGACUGUUUUAUGAUCAGGCAUCUCAAACACACUCAGAGCAAUCAGCUUUUCAUUGUAUCUGUGGGGUUUUUUUAAGGCUCACCAUUUCCUAGCACUUUGUCACUAAAAAUAGAGAAGCCCACAAUUGAGUGACCACAAAAUGCUAUCUUUUCCUAUGUUGGUUAGGGGACUAUAUGGUAAUCAUCAGCAUAUUGUUUUACAAGUCUGGCCAUUUUUUUCUGGAUGUGCUCCAGACACUGCUCUCAGACACAGGAUUUGAAUGUUGGGUGCUCCCCAAUGGAGCCAGGAGUUGGACUCAGUGAUCACAGAAUCACAGAAUGGCCAGGGUUGGAAGGGACCUCAAGGAUCAUGAAGCUCCAACCUCUCCAUUUAACCAGGCUGCCCCGGGCCCCAUCCAAUCUGGCCUGGAGCACCUCCAGGGAUGGGGCAUCCACAACCUCUCUGGGCAGCCUGUUCCAGCACCUCACCACUCUCUCUGUAAAGAAUUUCCCCAUAGCAUCCAACCUAAAUCUUCCCUCCCUCAACUUGAAACCAUUUCCCCUUGUCCUGCUGUUAUCACCCUUUCAAAGAGUUGAUUCCCCUCCUGUUUGUAGGCUCCCUUUAGGUACUGAAGGGCUGCAAUGAGGUCACCCUGCAGCCUUCUUUUCUCCAGGCUGAACAAGCCCAGCUCCCUCAGCCUGUCCUCAUAGGGGAGGUGCUCCAGUCCCCUGAUCAUCCUAGUGGCUCUCCUCUGGACCCUCUCAGCAGCUCUCUGUCUUUCUUGUACUGGGGGUUCCAGACCUGCACACAGUACUCCAGAUGGGGCCUCACAAGAGCAGAGUAGAGAGGGACAAUCACCUCCCUGUAUCUGCCGGCCAGUUUGGAGCCCAUUUGCUUUCCGAGCUGCAAGAGCACACUGCUGGCUCAUGCUAAAUUUUUCAUCCACCAGGACUCCCAGGUUGUCUGCAGGGCUGCUCUCAAGGGCUGCUCCUUCCAGUCUGUAUAAACGCCUGGGAUUCCUCUGGCCCAAGUUCAAAACCUUGCACUUUGCUAUGCUGAUCCUCAUUAGGUUCACCCAGGCCCACCCUUCAAGUCUGUUGAGGUCCCUUUGAAUGGCAUUCCUUCCUUCCACCAUGUCAAACGCACCACCAUGUCAAUGUGAUCCUUGUGGUUCCCUUCCAACUCAGGAUAUUCCAUGGUGCUGUGAUUACAAAGGUCCUCUGUGUUGUGGGCAUUCACCUGUGUGAUGCUACUCACAGCAGCACCGAGUGGUUUUGAAUUGCAGCUCUUCCCUUCUGAAAGCAGCCACAGGUAGUGACUGUGUGCUGCUGCAGCAGCAGUUGCACGUAGGAGGCUUUCCAGGUCAGCUUACGGCUUGAUGCCACAUCACCUCCAAAGCUGGAGCCCAUGCUUAUGAAAACAAAGGGGAAGGAAGCAUGGCAUUUAUUUGGCACCAUCUCUUCCCAUGAAGAACUGUGUCAUUGCAUGCCAGGUUUGGGAAAUCCCCAGAUAGGCAGCUCUUCCCUUCUAGAGAAGAAAGCAAUUUAAUCCAGUUGCCUGUCGUUGCUGCAGGAGAAGGGGGGGAAGAAUCAGUUGCAAAUUAUUCUCUUCCUCCUGGCAAAGUCUGGUUAUAUAUUCCCAAACACCAAAAACUGAAAUCAAAGAGAAAAAUAAUUGCUGAUAUCAAAGUCACUGGUUCACUCCUGCUUCGGGUGCUUAUUGGCUUUUGUAAUUACAUUCCAUCCUCACUGUGUCAUAAAUAAAUGGGUUUUUU